GCGGUAGCACGUUUUACUACAAAUUAGUCGGUAAACGUUGUUAAAAUAUUCGAUUUAUGUGUCCACUUAGCCGGUGUUUGUGACUCUUGUGCGCGAGGUAUUCUUAUACGAGUGAUCAUGUGGUUGUACACGUAAAAAACUUUAAAACUUUUCAAGGAUUGAUCUUAACAUUUAGUGGUGUUAAUUUUCUUAACCCAGUUCGGAACAUUUAAUCAUGAUGCCUUUGGCACCGACUCCAGUUCUUCCUGUGCCGUCCAAACCCAAGAUCGGAUUUUCCAUUGACUCUAUAGUCGGAGGUGCCACAAACAGCCCCCAAACAUCUCCAGUGCAUUAUUCCGAGAGUUCAGCUCCUUUAUCGCCUUCUAGCGACGCUGAUCAUCGUCUAAACGGUUCUCCAAAGAAUUAUUCACCUCAACGAUCGCCGUUAGGAUCACCAAAAGCUCCAAUAAUGGUACCGGGUAUUCCAGCGCAUAGCUUAGUGCGGCCGAACCCCACAUAUGACCCAAAUUUGGUGGCCAAAAAUGGGUUCCUGCAACCGGAGAUGAUGCAUAAUCACACGGGGCAGCAUCCUUUCGCGUUGGCUGCUCAUUUUCAAGGUGCCGCUUUGGCUGCUGCUCUAAGUGGAGGACAACAUGGAUUUCCCGGUCAACCAUCACCGCUUACCACUCAUACACCACCUCGAGAUAGCUAUCCGUUAUAUCCUUGGUUGUUGAGCCGGCACGGAAGGAUAUUUCCCCAUAGGUUUCCUGGAGGGCCCGAUAUUCCCGGUUUUCUUCUUCAACCCUUUAGAAAACCAAAAAGAAUACGAACAGCUUUUAGUCCAUCUCAAUUGCUAAAACUGGAACAUGCCUUCGAGAAAAACCACUACGUGGUUGGAGCUGAGAGGAAACAGUUGGCACAGUCGUUAUCGUUGACGGAAACGCAGGUGAAAGUCUGGUUUCAAAAUCGUAGGACCAAGCACAAACGAAUGCAGCAAGAAGAAGAGGCGAAAACUAGUCAGGGCGGUAACAAAUCGAAUAAUUCCGAUUCGCAGAAUUCCCAAAUGAACAAAUGGAAACAAGAAGCACCAGACGAAUAUGGUGAAUACAUAGACAUGGACAUGGAAGAUGAUUGUGUUAGCGAUGUUGAGAGUGAAUCGUAG